CAGCGUCGACGGCGCUGUGUGCGUGUAGUUUGCAGCGACGUGCUCCAAACAGAGCCGAGCAGCACCGCAGCAGGCUGUCCGCCGAGAUUAAGUAAACACCGAAAGCGUACGUGCAUAUUGUUCAGCGUGGCGUCUUGUGCAUCACUCGGGCACGUUUCCAGGCUGCUUAUUUUGCGCAAUAUCCUCAAAGCUAAACUGUCUGAAUGAGCUAUACACGUGUGUAGAUACUAACGUGUUGCGUUUUGGACUGAAGGAGUAGUAUGUUGCGCUCCCGAAGGAGACAGCAGGUGGAGCGCUAGAAUAAGUGUACGGAUCAUUGUCUGAAGGGCACAGCUGAGUACUCACCACUGCCAUGUUGUUCUGCAAACACCCCCAUCAGCAGGGAGACGGAAGUGUUUAUUUCUAACAUCACGGAUGAGAAAGAAGCAGACAGCCAAACAGAGGAAGACAGAGGAGACUCCAGUUGUCCAGGAGUUUGUGGUAGAAACAAUUAUUCGCCGCAGAAUCUUUAACGGGAGAGUGGAGUACUUCCUGAAGUGGAAAGGCUUCACUGAUGCAGAAAACACGUGGGAACCUGAGGACAAUCUGGACUGCCCUGAACUCAUUGAAGAGUUCCUGAGAAACACCCACUUCUAUGAGGGGAAUGAGGAAGAUCAAACCGAGCAAGAGUUAAUUCCCAAAGAAGAAAUGACAGAGCAGGAGACGGAAAUUUCCUGUAUGCAGUCUCAGCAGCAGGCUCACACUGUGCAGAGCAACAGCGAGCCAAAUGACACGCAGUCAGACACCCCCACAAACCUCAGCACUUACCUCGAGCCUGAAUGCAUCAUCGGCUCCACAGACAGACAGGGAGAGCUCAUGUUCCUCGUCAAAUGGAAGAACUCCGACGAUGUGGCCCUGCUGCCGGCCCGCGAAGCCAGCGCCAGGUGUCCCCAGGUGGUCAUCGAGUUCUACGAGCAGAAGCUGACCUGGCACUGCGGGGACGAGGAGCAGUGAAAUGUGUGCGUGGGUUGUGUACAGAGGUGGACUGAUAAACAGCUGUGCUCUCGCCUGAAGCUUAGUUUAACCUCCAUCGAGUGUCCUCCUUCAGCUGACAUUGGAGGCGCACUGUGUGAAAUUGCGCUGCAGGUAUAAUUCCAGAUUCUGGCAGGUGCGAGAUCCUCAGCGGGGAGGGAUUUUUAGAGCUCUCGGUCCCGCGGUGCUCAACGAGGUCUGCGUGCCUUUGUGGAGACUGCGAUGGGGACUAAAACUAACUUUUGUGUAGAGCAGCUGAUUUGAGAUCAGCCUAACCUGUAGCAGCUUUGGUCUGGUGUAAGCGGACUCGAUCACUGUGGACAUGCGUUUUCUUUUUAUUGCUAUGUAGUAAUUUAGUAUUUGAAGUCCUGUUUAGCUACAUGGUGGCUGUUUGGUGUGUGCUUUAUAUCUUUUAUUAUGUAGGCAGAGUGAACUAACUGUUGUCCAAUCCAUUCCUCCAUGUAGCUUUUAGUCAGAGCUGAAGAUUGUAAACAUGUUGUUCUAACGUGUUUUGUGUGUGGUGUUUAGAGCCACAGCUGUUACUCUGUCUCUCUAUGACUCAUGUUUGAUGUGGAAUAUUUAAAGAAAUUGCCCACCAGAAAUCACCUAAUUUUUCUAAUCAGCUGCUAAGUACCAACUAUUGUCUUCUACUCUGUAUUGACUUAUAACAAGAAUAUUAUUGAGUUUAAAAAAAAAAAAAAUCUUUUAUCUGGUGCUUACACAAAGUUCUGGCACAAUUAAUCAAAUGUUCUUAAAAAAUGUAAAAUAAAUCAAUUGAGAUUAACACAAAAACUGAUGUGCACCUGUCAUGGCUAAUAAGUUGUUGAAUGUCGCACUUUAGAUAUGAGACUGUCCAAUUACUGUACCAAGGGCGUUGUCUUGCAGUAAUUAUACAGGUCCGUGUACACGAAACCUGUAUGUUGAUGGCACUGUCCUGACUCGACAUAUCUCCCAUGACCGUUAUGGGACACUCAGCUAAACCAUAAACCUCCGAAAAACACACCUGCUACUGAAUUACUGUAACUGUUGACCAUGGAUCUGUGAAGUCUCUGUGAAUAAAGGAAACUUUUUAGUGAA